AUGGCCGGCGAAACAAACCCCGCGGCCACCGUUGUCGAUCCCGCCCUCCGCAGCGCCCCGACGUCAUCGAUCGUGACCCCCUCCGAUGGCAGCACCGAAGCAGCAGCAGCAGCAGCAGCAGCAGCAGCAGCGGCCGCCGCCCUGUCUGCUGGCUACCGAGCAGCACCUCUUCACCAGCAGCCGAGCCGAGACGGAACCCCGGCGUCCCACGCCUCCGAAGACGAACAUGAUGACCACGAGCACGAGCACGAGCACGACCGCGACCGCGACCACGAGCAUGACCACCACAGCCAACAGCACGCCGACGAGACGAAGCGGCCGCGCGCCUGCGAGGCCUGCCGCGGCCUCAAGGUGCGCUGCGUGCCCGACGCCGCCGCUCCCGAGGGGCCCUGCGCGCGCUGUCGCAAGGCGCGCCGCGCGUGCAUCGUGACGGUGCCGACGCGCAAGAGGGCCAAGAAGACGGACAGCCGCGUCGCCGAGCUCGAGAAGAAGAUUGACGCCCUGACGGCGAGCCUGCAUGCGCGGACAGCCGGCGAGACGGGCAUCGGCACAGGUGGUGCGGCGGCCACGCCGCCGGACGCGAGCCUGCGGAGAGAGCCUUCUGAGCCUUCUGCUGUGCCUGCGGCGGUGGGCGAGGCCGAGCCGCCGAGGCUGUACACGCCGAGAGCCGAACGGGGCGCCACGGCUGGCGUCAAGAGGAAGCUCGGCGAUCGCGACGCCGCUGUGCCGCUGCUCGAGGCGGCGAGGUCCGGCCCGCCGCCGAUACGCAUCGACACCAGCUACGACGAUGUCAUCGACCGAGGGAUCCUCUCGCUGGAGAAGGCGACGGCCCUCUUCGCGCGGUACAACGACAAGAUGGUGGGGCACCUGCCAGCCGUCCUGUUCCCGCCCGCCAUGACGGUCGGCGAGCUGCGGUCCACCAAGCCCGUGCUGUUCCUGGCCGUGCUGGCGGCGGCGUCGAGCGAGACGUCGGCCCUGCAGCGGCAGCUCGUGCGCGAGACGAUGCAGGUGCUCGCCGAAAAGGUCGUCAUCACGGGCGAGAAGAGCCUCGAGCUCGUGCAGGCCCUGCAGCUCACCACCAUCUGGUACUGGCCGCCCGAGCACUACGAGGAGCUCAAGUUCUACCAGCUCGUGCACAUGGCCGCCGUCAUGGCCAUCGACAUUGGCCUCGGCAAGCGCUCCGCCGCGCCCCAGGGCAUUACGCCCUACGGCGUCUACGGCGUCUACGCCUACCGCCACGCCCAGCACCGCCGGACCCAGCUGCCCGACCCCCAGUCUCUCGAGGCGCGCCGCGCUUGGCUGGCCUGUUACUAUCUCUCGAGCAACACGGCCAUGGCCCUGCAUCGCCCGCUGCUCCUCCGCUGGACAAAGUUCAUGGCCGACAGCAUGGAGAUCCUGCGCACCGCGCCCGACGCGGCGCCGACGGACAAGUACUUUUGCGGUCUCGUCGACACGCAUCGCGUGUCCGAGGAUGUCGCCGCCCAGUUUGCGACGGCCGAGCCUGAGGAUACGAUCAAUGUUCGCGAUCCCGGCAUCACGUUUUCCCUGAGGAGGUUAAAGCGUGAUCUCGAUACGUCGUACAACAUGCUGCCUCCUGAUCUUCAUCAAACCACGCUAACCAUAUCAUACCAUGUCGUCAAGAUUUACAUGCACGAGAUGAUCAUCAAUGUCUGCUCGUCACCCGCAGCCAGGACGAACCACCCUGCGGAAAUCUCCCUCCAAGACAUCGCUGCGACGUCACCGCUGUCCGGGCUGCAUCCCCUCCACGUCAACGCCUACUCGGCCUGCCUCGCCUCCUGCCACGCCAUCUUCGACACGUUUCUCGCCACCGACGUAGCCACCCUCCGCUGCCUGCCCGUCUUCAACCUCGUCCGCAUCUCGUACGCCCUCGUCGUCCUCAUCAAAAUGUUCUUCUGCGCCGUCGCCCCCGGUAGCGAGCUCGCCGGCAUCAUGGGACGCGACGACAUGAAGGUCCAUACCUACGUGAACCAGAUCCUCGAGCACUUCCGAGCGGCGGCCGCCGACGACGGGAGCCGCCCCGCGAGCAAGUUCCUCGUCGUCCUCGUCAUGCUGCGCAGUUGGUUUCUCAAGCAAGAACGCCAAGUCAGUCAUGCCAUGCCCGGCGGGCCUUCGCAAGAAUCGUCAUCUUCAUCGUCCGCCGCUGCCGCCGGGCCCCCCAACUCCGCUGAGGACCCAAAGCGCUUCAUGGCCAAUGGCAACCAGCCCUUUGAGACUCUCGAUCAGCAGCAGCAGCAGCAACAGCAACAGCAACAGCGGCAGCAUAUAGCCCACCUCGCUGCCAACACGCCCCUCCAUCUCCUCUCCGAAAUAGCCACGAAUGACCGCCACCGCGUUCCUUCGACGGACAGCACCCCAACACCCCUCUCGACCGGCACCAGCAGUGCAAACGGCAAUGGCAACGGCCACAUGGCGUGGCCUCCCCCGAGCGCCCCACAGCCACCGUACAUCUACGACCCCGGCUCCGGCACCGGCACCGGCUCCACAUCCACCUCGACCGCUGCUCCGCCCUACCCGCCCCAAGACUUUGGCCCUCCCUACCCCGAUCCAAUCCACAACCUCUCCUUUGAAGAGCUGGCCUACAGCCUCGGCAUUACCGGCCCCGUCAACUUCCCCAUCCAGCCGUGGCCCCCCGCCUUCUCCUCCUCCUCCUCCCUCGGUCCCCACGCGGACACGAGCAUGGCCGAAGACCCCGCCAGCGCCGAGGCCUGCGUGCGCUAUGCCCUCGCCAUUGACCCGUGGGUCGGCCAAUUUGGCGACGUCCUCGAUGGCGUGCGCGCGGGCGGAGGCGCGGACGGCGCACGCGUGCCUGCCGGUGGAGGUCCUGGUGGCAGCGGUGGCUGGGCGGGACCGGCGCAGCAGUUCCAGAUGUGA